AUGUAUGAAUCCGAUCAAUUCCGCGAGGUAUUAAAUACCGAUAUCAGAACUCCCAUCCCGCAGGCACUCGUAGCCCGGAUCACAUCCCUGCCACCAUUUAUCCCUAUACAAGGUGUCACCAACUUUCGCGAUGUAAGCCAUGAUGGCAACAGGCUACGCCCGGGAUUUGUUUAUCGGUCUGGAAACUUGUCCGACAUCUGGGGACCGGGGAAAUCGGUCAUCGCAACCCAAUUGGGAAUCACCACUAUCUUCGACCUCCGGAAUGAAGCCGAGCGACGAAAAGCCCCGGCACCUUCUAUCACGGGAGUCGAGACGAUAUGGGUACCUUACGGAGCUCAACCGGCGACUUUAAAUCUCCGCGAUUUUGCGGGCCCGGACAAGGGCGCUGCAGGGUUUGUGAAGAUGUACUUCGGGGUCCUUGAAGCGGCUGCCCCAUGUUUCACUGAGGUAUUCAAACAUAUCAGAGAUAACCCGGACGAUCCGUUUAUUGUUCAUUGCUCCGCUGGGAAAGAUCGCACAGGUGUCUUCGCCGCUCUUAUCCUCCUCUUGAUCAAUCGACCUCAUGACGACAUUAUCAACGAUUACAUCCUCACUCGAGUUGUACUGGAAAGCGCCCGGGAGAACCUCAUGCAAGCAUUUGCGGUAAAUUCGGGAGGCGGUGGAGUCGACGUGAGUCAGUUGACUCCCGAGGGACUGGGUAUGCUCGAACUGUGUGGUGUUCGAGCUACUUCCAUAGAGGCUUUCCUGGUAUCAUUUGAGAGCACUUAUAAAAAUGGCGCUGAGGGAUAUCUCAUUGAUGGGCUUGGAUUUACACAGAGUGAUGUAUCGAUAAUGCGCAAGAACCUGACAGCGGAUCAACUGCAGACAUCUGUACAAAUAUAA